GCAAGAUGUCCACAAUUAAUAGUACACAACGAUCUCGCAUCAGCACGGGAAGUUACGACAGAAAAUUAAGAUAUCGUGCAUUACUUGAAAAAUUGACAGCCGAAGAUGAAUGCAACAACCUGGAUGUCAUGCAGCAGACAGCCACAGAGACUCUCCAGAAAGUGCAGGAGCUGCUGGCUGAAGGCGACGUAGAGGAAAGGGUUAAACAUCCUGGUGAAGGUUACCUUGACUCCCGUGUACUCCGGGCUACUAGUGAGAUUGCCGUACGAUGCUCGGAGUCUGUCAGCGCUAACACCAAUGCCUAUGAUAAACAUGAACUUGCGCAACACAUUCGCGAAAACCCUAGCUACUGGGAUUUCAUGUUCCCUCUAGAAGUUCCAACAGUAGCGUACUUACAUGGCACAUUUGCCCCCACCCCCCCAGAGCAACGGGCCAGAUUGCCCCGAAAAAGGGUGGAAAGACAGCAAGCUGCUGCAUUAAAAGCUCCGGAGACUGUUGACAAAUUAGAGAGAUCCGAAGAGGGCUCGGAAAUGGUGAGCCGGGUGAAUCGGUUCUUGAAUAAAACGUUCAAGGAGCGAGGAGGCACCCCUCUAAGCUAUUUCCACGUCGUGAUCGACCCCGACAGCUUCAGCCGGACCAUCGAGAACAUCUACCACGUCUCGUUCUUAGUCAGAGAUGGGAUGGUUGCGGUAAAACUAGAUGAUAACUAUGGCCUCCCAUUCAUAACACCCUUGGCAAAGCAGAAGGAACGUAGAGAUAUUGAUGACGAGAACCAAUUCAUUGUCUCCAUCGAUAUGCAGCUUUGGCAGGAUCUAAAAGAAGCCUUCGACAUACAAAAGCCGAUGAUGGGGUUGAAGAGAUAAGAAUGUAUGGCCUAAAGUGUUACCAAAGAAUAACAAAUAGCUUUUUCAUCACACUUGUACGUAAAUAGUAAGAUUGCACGCAGGCUAACUUGAUUAUAAUGCCCCAAAUAAACCUAAAACCUUCGGGUAUUUUUUCUGCUCAUUACCGAUUAUGGUUGUUAUGGGCUAUCAUACUAUUUACGUUCAAGUGUGAUGAAAACAAUGUAUGUUUCACGGGCGGUAUGGGAAUUACGAACCUUGAUUCAGAAAGCCCUCAGUUUUCGACUUCGGGCUUCUAAUAGUCUCGUUCGUAAUACUUCAUUUACCGCCCUUAAUACACAAUGUACUAUUUACUUUUCAAAACUAUUUGAACAAUCUUGAUAAAAAUUAAUCAUAACUCUAACAUUUUCAAUUGUUUUUAAACAAUUUCCUUUUCCAGUCAAAAGAACACCUUUUGUUCUUUAACAUAUGAAUUAUUUCUAAAGUUAUAGAUAUCGCUGCUUACGUUUGAUUUUUAUCAAUUGUUCAAAUCUUUUUGAAUAUAGGCACAGAUGUUGCACGUUGUUGUCCAAUUAAUGUAAGUCAAAAACACUAAAAUCAACCUUAUAACAAAUACGUUUAGAUGCACUUUCGGUAAUUGUUUAGUCUGAUUCCUGUUUUAAUUAAAUUCGUGACCAGAGAUGGGCAGUGGGUUAAAACCCAAUAAACUCGCCCGGGUUUUGUGCCGGGUUUUAAACUCGUCACAACCUAGUGCCGGGUUUUAACCUCGUUUAUGCCCAAAAUCGUUGGCAGCAUUCGCGUAAAAUAAUAUGGGACGUGGUAUCUUUUAUACAUGAAAAAGACUCCACACAAUAUCCACCUUGUAAUCCUGUAGACUCUCACUUCUAGGGAUGCACAUUAUGAUUCCAUUUUUUUGAAAAUCGAUUCAACUGUAUACGAUUACGAGUUUUUGUAUUGGUUCAAUGUAAUUUUCAAGCGAAUCGAUUCAAAUAGAAAGGCAAAAUAUGUACACAAGCAAUGAACAUUUUGUAAUAAUGCAUAAAACUCGAUUUAUAAAUAUUUAGUCGUAAAUAUGUAGUUAAUGCCCUCGAUUUAGGGCGUUAAAGGCUUUUAACCCGAUUAAAACAAACAAAGCGCAGAGUUAAAAUCCAGGUACUUGCCCAUCUCUGUUCAUGACAUCUCUAAUAAAUCUCUAUUCCGUUCUCUAGUGAUUUUGACAAGAUUUUUUUUAUGUGUUGUGAGUUUGGAGACUUAACGAAAUGAAUUCAAACGUUUACUAUUUAUUUCUUUUUGGUACACCUUUAUAAGGUGUUACAAAGAAUGCAUUUUGAUACACUGUGAUCCACUUUGCGGCAUACAAAAUUGUCAUAAUUUUUAUGUACCAUUGACCCAUCGAGUAUAUAACCCGAAGUAGAUAUAUAUAUAGAUAUAUAUAUGGCGUUAAUCAAUAGCCUGGAAGUAGUCUAUAUUAUGUAAAUGGCCGUG